AGAAAAUUCUCAUUCUUAGUAAACCAUUCAAUUUCUUCGACGCAUAUUUUCGGUAGUUCUCCAUAAUGAGCUUUCAGGAGCCGAAAUUGAAGCAAAACAAGAGUGAGAAAUUAGACAAGAAAAAUAGUUUCGACUAUUCAGGACCUGUACACUUGACCAUCGUGGACUGGCAAAAUGCACAUCACCGAAGAUCUAUAGCUGCUAGCUUAGUUUCUGCUACCUAUAUUCUGGAGCAUGACCGUCAAGAAAAUCGGCAAGGCUGUGAAGCUCUUGCACCACAAUGGUGGGAAUUCUUCAACUUUCAGCUAUUGUAUCCACUCAUCGAUAGUAAUGAUUUCUCCAUCUUUGGUGCUGUAUAUGAAUACAAACCCGUGGCUUUUAACAAAUAUCAGACGGGAAUUGUUCCACGAUAUAUAAUAGCAUUUAGGGGAACCACUAUCAAGAAACAAUCUGUCUCACAGGAUCUGUGGUUAGACCUGAAUAUUAUCAAACAUGGACUUCACCAAUCAACUCGCUAUAAUGUUGCAAUGGAAGCCGUUCAAAACAUGGUAUCUGCAGUUGGAGCUAGUAAUGUCUGGUUGGCAGGACAUUCUUUGGGCUCUUCAAUCGCAAUGCUUGUAGGAAAAAACAUGGCGAAAACGGGUAACUAUCUGGAAUCAUACCUCUUCAAUACACCUUUCAUUGCGGCUCCAAUUGAAAAGAUUCAGAGUGAAAAAGUGAAGCGUGGGGCUCGAUUCGCUGGCAGCCUUGUCAAAGCAGGACUCACAGUUGCCAUGAAGGGUUCCAAAGAAAACAGAAGUCCAGAUGAUUCGUUUACUGCAUUAGCUACUUGGGUACCAAAACUUUUUGUAAAUCCAGCUGAUCAUAUAUGCUGCGAGUAUAUUGGGUAUUUCGAACACCGUGACAGGAUGGAAUACUUAGGAGUUUCAGGAAUUGAGAGACUGGCAACGCAAACAUCAGUGACAGGAUUAUUAAAAAGUGCAAUUGGAAGAGAAUCAGAAGUAAUACACGUUGUUCCCUCAGCUUAUGUGACUAUUAAUCGAAGUCCAUCACCAACUUUCAUGGAAGCUCAUGGGCUUCAGCAAUGGCUUAAAGAUGAUUUGCAUUUGCAAUCCAAGGUCUACCAAUACAGACUAUGAUUGACAAAUUGUAACUACAUUCUUGAUUGUGAACAAAGGUUCAAAGUUUUUUUUUUGUUUGUUUGUUUUAAGCAAACUUACUCGGAGGAUUUGUUACCAAAACGAAAGUUUGAUUAUGCAGCUCCAUGUGAUAAACAAAAUAAAAAGUUUUUUCAUUGAGGAUUGA